UGACACGUCAUGCGAAUGGGGACUAGUCAAACUAGGGACUUCGAUUAAUAGUUUUUAUCUUCCCAGGCUCUUCUGGUGCUGUUGUUUCACACUAUCAUUAGCUUGACCUUUUCGACUAAGAGCCUGUCUGCCCUUGCACGGUGCGGCUGGGAAAGGCACCAAGUUUGUACUUCGUUAUCCGUUUUAUUUGCGCUAUCAUUGAGAUUGAGCGUUUUGCAGAAUGCAGGGUGCACAGCAACUCAUGAAGGUGUUCGUUACCAGGCGUAUUCCACAGGAGGGGGUGAAAAUACUUAAACAAGCAGGAAUGUGUAACCUCUCCGUGUGGGACUCUGACGAGCCAGUGCCCCGAGCUGAACUUCUAAACGGUGUGUCCGGUGCGCACGGCCUCGUCUGUCUCCUCUCUGACCGGAUUGAUGCGGAAGUUCUUGAUGCUGCAGGUCCCAACUUGAAGGUGAUUAGUACCAUGUCCGUGGGAUUUGAUCAUCUCUCUAUUGAUGAGAUCAAGAAACGUGGGAUUCGAGUUGGCUACACUCCAGAUGUUCUCACUGAUGCCACAGCUGAGCUCACCGUUGCUCUGCUCCUGGCUACUGCCCGUCGGUUGCCAGAGGGUGUGAACGAGGUCAAAAGUGGGGGCUGGAGCACGUGGAAGCCUCUGUGGCUGUGUGGAUAUGGCCUAUCAGGCUCCACAGUGGGAGUCAUUGGACUGGGCCGCAUAGGCUUGGCCAUAGCCAAACGUCUGAUGCCCUUUGGGGUGAAGAAGCUGCUGUACACUGGCAGAGGGGCCAAGCCAGAGGCCAAAGAAGUGGAGGGAGAAUUUGUGCCUUUGGACGCUUUGGUGGCGCAGAGUGAUUUCGUCGUUGUCUCAUGUUCCCUAACUCCGGACACACAAGGCCUGUGUGACAAAGCCUUUUUCAGCAAGAUGAAGAAGACCGCCGUCUUCAUCAACACCAGCAGAGGUGCAGUGGUGAAUCAGGAGGACCUUUAUGACGCUCUCUCCAGUGGGACGAUUGCUGCAGCUGGUCUGGAUGUGACCACACCUGAGCCGCUGCCCACUGAUCACCCCUUACUGACCCUUAACAACUGCGUGAUCCUGCCUCACAUUGGGAGUGCCACUUAUGCCACCCGGGGCAUCAUGGCAGAACUGACCGCCAAUAACCUACUAGCAGGUCUUACGGGCGCUGCCAUGCCCACCGAACUGAAGAUCUAGUGUCUGCUGCUAUACCUUCAUCUGGCCUCUGGCCAGUCAAAACAGUGCCAUCUGUUUGCUGAGGCAAACCUGAAUGUCUGGACCUCGAUAUAAGGGUCUGUUUAGAACACAUCUUUUGGAAAGAUAAUUCUUUAACUUGAACUUGAACAUAUCUAGAAAUUAAACUAAGAACUAAAGCUAACAAUGGUUCAUAGCCAAUAUUAUAGAUCUCUUGAUAUGGGCCUUAACAGUGUAUUUGCACAAAGUGGUGACAUCUUACAUUGUUGAUUUUGAGGAUGUUUGUUGUUGAUGUUGAUUUCAUAAGAAGCACUACCAUCCAUCCAUGUUAAUUUAUGUUCCUGCUGUGAUGAAAACAUGGGAGCAUGUGCAUAAGAGCCACUCACAGUGACCUACUGGAUACGAGACUGGGAAUUUACUAACCCUUAAAGAACUAACCGUAAAGAACUUGAAGAUACACACAUAAUGCAGCAGCAUCCACAACACUCCUUGUGCCAGUGGUCACUCCCCUCUGCACUUACUGUUUAUUUGUAGAGCUUAAAUAAAAUAUUUUCAAAACAUUUAA